CAUUAAUCUUUUUUGGGUUUUUCCGUAAUAAUUCACCGAAAAAUGACUACCAAUUUACUUCUUCGGUAGAGGUUAUCACUAUAAUUAUAAUUCACUGUUGGGAAAGGCUCAAUGGUCCACAAAGAAUAUGUUAAAACAGCAGCCUUGAAAUUGAAAUCACCAACUGGAUUGCAUUUGCAAAGUCCGUGUUCAUUUCUGCAGAAAAAGAGUGAAGGUAAUAUCUUCAUAAUCUGGAAUUUGAGAUCCCCUACAGUUUCAUUAGCCAUGAUGAGGAACAUAGAAUUUCAGGACCCCUAUUUGGCAGGAAAUAUUCCAGCAGAAAUUGCAGAAAACUGGAAAGAAUUUUUUCCCGAAAAUGAGGAUUUUAGUUGCGAAGAGGUUCUUGUUCAGCAGGAGAGCGUUUAUCUAUCAAUUCAAGAGAAUGGAAGGGAUAAGAGAAGCACCUCUGGUUGUAGCCAUAGCAGUGAUAAGAGUCAUCUGGUUUCCGAAAAGGGUGGAUCUUCACAUGGUGGCAGUAAUAAUUCACAGGUAGCUUUGGAUGAAGCUUUAGCUAGAUCCUUGCAGGAGCUAGGAGAUGACUUUGAGGAUUUCUAUCCACAUGAAGACAAUGGUGCUGAAGCCGGGACUCGGAUUAGAGAAGUUAGUACUGUAGAAACUCCAACCAGGGCUGUCACUCAUAAUCUGAUACAAGAUGACAUUGAUCCUGAUAAUAUGACUUAUGAGCAAUUACAAUCAUUAGGUGAAAGUAUUGGAAGCGAAAAUAAAGGACUGCCAGAAGAGCUUAUCGCCCGUUUACCAACUUUCAAGUAUAAAUCAGGAUUCUUUUCUAAGAAAAAGAAAGAAGAGUGUGUGAUAUGUUGCAUGGUGUAUAGUACUGGAGAAAGGUUGAUCAACCUGCCCUGUGCACACCAGUACCAUUCUGCGUGCAUUAAACGUUGGUUGUCAGUGAAUAAGCAAUGCCCUGUCUGCCAAACGGAGGUGCAAGAUGAAUGAAUUGAGGACAAUAUGCGAGGACUGAAGGCAAAUGAACUCAUGAAGUGCAUGUUUAUUCUGUUACGUUGUUGACUGUUAGUAUCUAGUACAAUUACGAAGCUUAAGUUAUCGUUGUAAAAGAUUACAAGUUUCUUACCUGCUCGAUUAUAAGUGCUCUCAUAUCUCA